GGUCCUCAACCACCAUUCAAUGCGCCUUCUUAGGCCGUCACAAAACAAGAAAAGCCUGACUAGAAUCGCUGCCAUUUCCGCAAGUAUGAAAAGCUCACGUCGCCUGAUGAUGUCAAUGUUAACCUGAAACGUUGUGACGUGAUAAUAAGUGCCAGGGUUCGACCGAGCUUUUCAAGAUUCGAAUUGUUUGGAGGGAAAAUGACGGGGCAGUUGUAUGCUCAGACGGUAUCUGGUCCAAACGGGCACUAUUUCCUCGUUGCUGGUAAACCCGAAUACCUAGGACAAGUACUGGCUUCUUUGGCAGUUUCCCUUGGACCCCUUGCAGCUGGUUUAGGCAAAGGAUACAGCUCGCCAGCAAUAGCAUCCCUCCAAGAAAGAGACGCCGACGCCUUCCUCGUCAACGGACAACAAGCAUCUUGGUUAGCAAGUCUCUCCCUUCUAGGGGCUCUCUUUGGGGCCCCUCUAGGAGGUGCUGCCGUCAGAUGGGGUCGGAGAAGGACCUUGAUAUUCGCCGGCGCGCCUCUGUCCUUAUGUUGGAUCAUCACAGUGUUCUCAGUAAGCGUGGAGGUGAUGUGUUUUGCCGCCUUCGUCAGCGGUUUCCUCGUUGCCAUCGUACAACUUUCUGCUCAAGUAUACGUAAGUGAAAUAGCAACGCCGAGCAUAAGAGGUGGGCUUAGUGCACUUCUGAAGAUAGCAGGGCACAUCGGCGUCCUAGUAGCUUUCGCUGCAGGUGCAUUUUUAGACUGGCGUCAACUGGCUGGUCUCAUCUCAUUAGCACCUGCAGCCAUGUGCGUGGCUAUGUGGAAAAUACCAGAAAGUCCAGGUUGGUUGGUGCUCCGAGGUAGGUUGAGAGAAGCCGAGGAAUCUUUGCGUUGGUUAAGGGGUGAAAAUGCCGAUUUAAGAUUCGAGUUAUCCGUCUUACAAGCUCACGUACUGAACAAAACAGUAUCUGUCAGUCCAUCUGCGCUGAUGAACAGCCUAAAAACACCAGUUUUUAUCGCCUGUGGUCUCAUGUUCUUCCAAAGAUUCUCCGGAGCUAACGCUUUCAAUUUCUACGUGGUGAGUGUUUUUAAAGAAACGUUUGGAGGGACGAAUCCCCAUACGGCUGCAGUAGCUGUAGCUGUAGUACAAUUACUAUCGUCUCUGCUAUCAGGUCUCCUGGUGGAUAUAGCUGGGAGACUACCGCUUUUGGUAGCCUCCAGCGUCCUGAUGUCCUUCGCAUUAGCCUCAUUUGGUUCCUUCGCUUAUUACGAAGAUGUUCAUCCAAAAACCGUACCGAAUUUAGACUGGAUACCUUUGCUUUGUGUGUUGAUAUUUACUGUAGCCUUCACCUUAGGAAUAAGCCCCAUAUCGUGGCUGUUAGUAACGGAACUAUUCGCGCUCGAACAGAGAGGUUUGGGUACAGCUUUAGCCACUUCUUUCAGCUAUUUAUGCGCUUUCAUAGGAGUUAAGACGUUCGUUGAUUUCCAAGAGCUUUUCGGCCUUUAUGGUGCUUUUUGGCUGUACGCCUUCAUUUCAGUUUGCGGCCUCUGUUUUGUAGUUUGUUGCGUUCCAGAGACCAAGGGUAGGGACCUGACUCAAAUAGAUGCGUUCAGAUGACCCCACGCAAACGGAGCAGCGCCAGCAGUGGCUGUGAGCGUUGUUGAAAGAUACUGCUAAACAUAGGACGAAUGAUCUAAAGAAAACUUCAGACUUUCGUGAAAACAAUCAUACAAAAUUCGUAGUGACUUGUUGUAGGGCCCAAUACAAAGUUUUGCAGUCAGAAAAUUAUCCAAAUGUAAAUUUAAGAUUCGUUCACAGUAUUUGAAACAAAUUUCGACUAUUUGAGAAUAUAGCUCACUCGGAAAAUAUUAUCAUGGGUCUUAUUGAAUGCCAUAUUGGUCCUGCCAUACGUACAGGUGAAAUCGAAUAAUUGUGAGCUACAGUUUGCAAAUCCAUGGCUAGU